AUGUCCUUUUCAAAAUCUCAAAUAAUUGAGCUACCUUCUACCGUCAAAGCCGGUGCUGUGGCGGAGAAGCUCAAUGGGGUCACAACAAAGCCUUUACACAUGCGUGACAUCGAAAUGGUUCGCUUAAUUGGACAGUAUCUUUGUGACAAAGGAUACAAGUAUCAAGUUUCUUAUGUCAUUUUGAAACUGUUUAGUAAUGCGUACAAGCAGUUAGCGAAAGAUUCAGGCAUCGUUCUUGAACCACAGCCGGCUACCGAUCUCAGGGCGGCUAUACUAUCGGGCGACUGGAAUGCUACCGAAAAGGCUGUCGAGGAAUUGGCUCCCACCAUAGACAAUUCAUCGAAUCUGGCACAUAUUCGGUUUCUUUUACUGGAGCAGCAGUUUCUUGAGUUUCUUGAGGCUGAGGAGGUCGUUUCUGCUCUCUCUCUCCUUCGAUAUCGUAUAACUCCUCUUAAACCCGACCAAAAGCGUCUUCAAAACUUGGCUCAAUGCCUUAUGUGUCGAACAGCAGAAGAAUUGCGGGCUCAAGCUGGUGGCUGGAGCGGAACAAAUGGUGGGAGUCGAUCUGCUCUUGUAGACUGUAUUCAACGUUUCAUGCCAGCACAAACAAUGCUUCCUCCGGGAAGACUGGAAACUCUAAUCACCGAGGCUAUUAGGUCCCAACUCACAAGUUGCACUUUUCAUACGCAGCCCAUUUGUUGGCCCGAUGCUUUGGCGUCCAUGUCACUACUACAACCGCACGCCUGCAGCAUUCAGGACUUUCCUGUGUUCACUGUUCAGAAGAUUGAGCAUCGGGAGAGCGAGCUCUACUUCUGUGUUUUCUCUCCUGAUGGCAAUUACUUGGCCACCGGUGGUAAGGAUGCCAACGUGGACGUUUGGAAGGUCGACUCAGAAUCACACACAAUCCAUUCUCCACGAACCAUUUACACCAUAGAGGCAUCUAUAAAUCAUAUUUGCUGGUCACCGGACUCAAAAAAACUUGCUGUUUGCUGCGGUUUGCGACCUGAACCAAUUAUGGUCUUUGAUGUUGCCACUCGACGCCAGGUGUGCCAGAAACUAGAAAAGACUGAAGACGUCUACAUAACGGCUGCUUUCUUUGCUGACAGUCGAAAACUUGCUUUUGGUGGCCUCAAGGGCGGAUGCUUCUAUAUCAUUGACACUGAGGAUGAUGGAAAAGUGCUGUUUACGCAUGAAUAUUGCCGCGUGCAGUGCAUGGUUGCCAUCAUUCCGCCACCAACACCUACAGCUGCUAUGGUGGCAGCCACCCUUGCCGCUGGAUUCACCCCUGAUGCCGCAAUGGAGAUGGAUCCUGACACGUCGCUACAAAGUCCUUCAACUGCUGCUGCUGCUGCUUUAGAACAACUCUUUGCUCCCGUUGAUCAAUUACUCAUUGUGGAUCAUAUGUAUCGCAUACGAAUAUUCCGGUUUGGUUACACUACUUCGGGCUCUGGGAGUGACAGUGGCUCUGUUGCCGCGGCUUCUGCCGGCCGCGGUAACGUCUUGCCACAGGAAACCGAUAUGUGGCCUGCUACCCGCGGGGGGAGUGUGGCUCCAAUUAUUGUGGCUCUACAGAAUGCUCUCUUUUCCUCACGGGCUGGGGGCCGAGGGAGCACUGUUGGUGUUCCUUUGACUCCUCUUCCACCACCGCCACCACCUCCGCCCGCUGGUACUCCGGGCGGGGUUAAUGUGUUCCCAAUGCGUCAAACUACCUCCGACUCUAAUUUUGGUGUCCUCGGUGUAGGCAGGCAACAGACGCAACCUGCCAGCACUCCUGGUUCUGUAAUCGGUCUUGCGGGAGAUCCACGAAAUCUCGGAAGCCUGGCACAGCAAGUGGUGGUUCAGAUACAACCCAGUCUCACUAGCCCUGGCUUCGCUCUUCAAGCCAUCAAUAGGGACGGCAGCACGUCAAGCGUCUCCAGUCUUGUUGGCCCUGGACCCGUUGGCACCGGAUAUACCGUUGAGUCAGUUCCUCUUUCCUCGUUCCCCGCUUCUCUCGCAGCUGCCACGGUCAUGACCUCUGCUCUUCCCAGCAUUAUGCAAAACUAUUAUUGGCGAUCAGGCAGCAUCUCGACCAUUCCAAUUCCUCGCGGCAAUGCAAGCAGUGGUGGUAGCGGUAGUAACAGUGCUGGCGGAAACACGUCACGGACUGGGACCGCUGCUGCGGUAACGAUGGCCUCAGGGCUUCAGGAGGCUGAUUCGGACACGGCGGAGGUCUCAACGAACACGGAGGCAGCGGUGGGUACGACGCAGACCGCCUCUGCUUCCAACUCCGCCUCUGCUUCGAUCUCGCAAGGUCAAGUCUACAGCCUCUUACAUCAAGCUACUCUAAUUAAGGAGAUGCAUCCUGUCCAGUCGAUUGUACUUUCACCUUCAUGCAAGCGUCUUCUCGUGGGUCUCAACGCAAAGGGAAUAAUCCUUUGGGAUUUGGAAUCUCAUGGAAUAAUUCAACGAUUCUAUGGUCACCAUCAGGUUCAGCAAAAACUAUACUACACCUUCUGUGGUUUUAACGAGGACUUUAUUGCUUGCGGAAGUGAGAAUGGCUUCAUUCACAUUUGGCGCGUUGGUAGCUCCCAAGGUAGCAGGCCUAUUCACUCGUCGAUGGCAGCCAACAGCAACGAGACUCCCGUUACAGGAGUUCACUGGAACCCCGCCAUUCCUACCAUGAUGGCUUCGGUCAACGAUGAUGGUGAAAUCCGAAUCUGGGGCCCUGCAAGUAAUCAUGAUUUGACUUUGAAACCGUAG